AUGAGAAAUUCAGAAAAAGUCAUUUUAACCGCUACAAACUCAAAAAAGAACCAUAUUUUUAAGAUCACCAUUGAAGAUACUUCAAAGAUGGACAUAUUCACAUUCAAGGAUACAGAUGGGAUAGACCUAAGGAAACCUAGUGCUCGAGUGGCCAAAACUCAACUUCUUAUAGCAUUCACAUUGGGUUUAUUUGCAUUUCUUUCAUUUUGUAUCUUGAGAAACUCUUGGUCUAAAUUAUAUGUUUCAAGAAUAUCACGUCGGAAAGGUUUACCAAGAAUACCCAUAAAGUCACUGUUUGGUUGGGUACCUGUUAUAUACAAAUUAGAUGAACAAGAAGUACUUGAUCAUGCUGGGUUAGAUGCUUUUGUAUUCUUAGGAUUUUUCAAAUUAGGCAUUAAAUUAUUAUCAUUGUGUGCACUCAUAUCUAUAGUCAUUAUUUCACCUGUACGGUACCAUUAUACUGGUAGAUAUGAUCAAGGCGAUGGUGUUAAUGAUGGUGAUCAACGUUCAAAUAGUACAACAAGUCCAUUUGGUGAUAAUAAUGGUGAUAAACCAGAACCUGUUCUUCCAGGUGAUUAUAAACCAUAUUUAUGGAUGUAUGUUGGCUUCACAUACAUCUUCACAUUUUUGACUUUUUACAUGUUGAUUAAGCAAACAAAACAUGUUGUUCAAACUAGACAACGUUACUUGGGUGGGCAAAAUUCAAUCACUGAUAGAACUAUAAGGUUAUCAGGUAUCCCACCAGAAUUAAGAGAUGAAGAAAGCUUGAAAAAACAUAUUGAAGGUUUAAAUAUUGGUAAAGUAACGUCAAUCACCAUUUGUAGAGAAUGGGGUCAACUUAAUAGAUUGUUUAAACAAAGGCAACAAAUAUUGUACAGAUUAGAAGAUAAAUGGGCUGAAUAUUUGGGACCACUUUCGUUUAGUAACAAAAAGCAAAAUAUACCAGUUAGACCAAGAAUAAGAGAAUCAUUUCAACUAGAGAGGAAUACUGUUCAAAGGCCUUAUCAUGAUGCACCAAGUGAUGAUGAAAAUGAAAAUAGUGCUUCAAUCGCUAAUUCAGAUGAAGAAGAUCAAAUAGGGGAUAAUACGGUUGAUUCAAUAAUUGAUGGUGGAUCUACUGAUAGUAUUCGUGACUAUUCCGCAAGAAAUGGUGUUGUUAAUCUUAAUGCGCAACCAUAUGAUCAUAAAAGACCAAAAUUGAAGACUGGAUUUUUGGGGCUAAUUGGUAAAGAAGUUGAUGCUAUAGAUUAUUUGACAAAUCAAUUGGAAGUUUUAGAUGAGGAAAUACUUAGAGCUCGUCAAAGACAUUUUCCAGCUACACCAACUGCUUUUAUCACUAUGGAUACUGUUGCAAGUGCACAAAUGGCUGCACAGGCUGUUUUAGAUCCACAUGUUCAUUUUUUAAUUACAAGACUUGCACCAGCCCCACAUGAUAUUAUUUGGGAUAAUAUUGUUCUUUCAAGAAAGGAAAGACUUGCUAAAAACUACACAAUUACAGUUAUCAUUGGUAUCAUUUCAAUUUCAUUGAUUGUUCCAGUUGGUUAUUUAGCUACUUUAUUAAAUCCAAAGACUAUCAAAAAAUUCUGGCCAGGUUUAGGUGAACUAUUACAAAAUAAUGAAUGGGCUAAAAAUGUUGUUUCAGGUUUGUUACCAACUUAUAUUUAUACCAUUAUGAACUUUGUCAUUCCUUUUAUUUAUGUUUGGCUUUCUUCUAAACAAGGCUACAUUUCACAUGGUGAUGAAGAACUUUCAGCUGUUUCCAAGAAUUUUUUCUAUAUAUUUGUCAAUAUGUUCUUAGUCUUCACCACCGCAGGAACUGCUUCAAAUUAUUGGGGAUUUUUAAGUGAUACCACAAAAAUUGCAUAUCAGUUGGCACAAUCUUUAAAUGAGCUUUCAUUGUUCUAUGUUGAUUUGAUCAUUUUACAAGGUUUAGGAAUGUUUCCAUUCAAAUUAUUAUUAUUUGGAAGUAUCUUACGUUUCCCAUUUUUCAAAGCUGGUUGUAAAACACCAAGGGAUUAUAGAGAUUUAUAUAAACCGCCAAUUUUCAAUUUUGCAUUACAUUUACCUCAACCAAUAAUGAUUUUAAUCAUAACUAUAAUCUAUAGUGUUUUUUCAACAAAGAUUUUGGUAUCAGGUUUAAUUUAUUUCGUCAUUGGAUUUUAUGUUUAUAAAUAUCAAUUGAUUUAUUCUGUUGUUCAUCCACCUCAUUCUACAGGUAAAGUUUGGCCAUUGGUAUUCAGAAGAAUUGUUGUUGGUUUACUAUUGUUCCAAUUGACAAUGGCUGGUACGUUAGCUGCAUUUCAAGAAGGAUACCUGUUAGCAACUGCACUAACUCCAUUACCUUUACUUACUAUGAGUUUCAUGUGGAAUUUCCAAAAGAAUUAUUUACCUUUAUCUUUCUUUAUUGCUUUAAGAGCUAUUGAAGAGGAUCCUGAUAAUACAGAUUUAGAAGCUACAGUUGGUGAUGGGAUCUAUACACCACAAAUACCUAUUUCACCAGUCAAAUCGAAGACAUUGGAUGAAACAAGAGAACAAGAUCAAACAUAUGAAUACCCAUUUUUGGUACAACCACUUGAUGGUCCAUGGAUCUCAAUUGAAGGUGAUAGUGUUGUUGUUGCAAAUACAGAAGGGACUAUUCGUAAACGUGUUAAUUUACUAGAGUGGGAAUGA